AUGAUUAAGGAUCCCACCACCAAGAACACACACAAAAAGCACACACAAAGUACAUUAAAAAAGAGAUAUAUAGAUUACUUAUCAAUAACAAUCACCAAAAUGUCGAAUCCAGGACGUUUAGCUUCGUUUUACAGCGAGCUACAAGCCAGCCGUCUUGAUGUAAGCCUUCCCUUGCCUUCAGUUCUCAAGGAUUCUUUCAAUGUCGUUGAUGGACCCCCGAGUUCUGCCGCAGGAAAUCCAGAUGAAAUUGCAAAACUCUUUCCAAACUUGUUUGGACAGCCAUCAGCCAUGCUUGUCCCUGGUGAUUCAUCUGGGGCUCUUUCAUCGAACCAGAGCUUGAAGAUUGGUGUAGUGCUGUCUGGAGGACAGGCUCCUGGGGGACAUAAUGUUAUUUGUGGAAUUUUUGACUAUUUGCAGGAAAGAACAAAAGGUAGCACACUUUAUGGUUUCAGGGGUGGUCCAGCAGGGAUUAUGAACUGCAAAUACGUGGAGUUGACAACAGACUUCAUUUAUCCUUACAGAAAUCAAGGUGGAUUUGAUAUGAUCUGCAGCGGGAGAGACAAGAUUGAAACUCCUGAACAGUUCAAGCAAGCUGAAGAAACAGCACAGAAGCUUAAUUUGGACGGUCUUGUAGUUAUUGGAGGAGAUGACUCUAACACAAAUGCUUGUCUGCUUGCUGAAAACUUCAGGGCCAAAAAUUUGAAAACUCGGGUAAUUGGAUGCCCAAAGACCAUUGAUGGUGACUUGAAAUGCAAAGAAGUUCCAACAAGUUUUGGAUUUGACACUGCUUGCAAGGUAUAUGCAGAAAUGAUUGGAAAUGUUAUGAUAGAUGCACGCUCAACAGGGAAAUACUAUCAUUUUGUGAGACUUAUGGGUCGUGCUGCUUCACACAUUGCUCUGGAAUGCGCUUUGCAGACUCACCCAAAUAUUACUAUUAUUGGUGAAGAGGUUGCAGCCAAGAAAUUAACACUGAAGAAUGUCACUGAUUACAUAACAGAUGUUAUCUGCAAACGUGCAGAACUCGGCUUCAACCAUGGAGUAAUUCUUGUACCAGAAGGCCUUAUUGAUUUCAUUCCAGAGGUGCAGCAGCUGAUUGCAGAGCUUAAUGAAAUUCUAGCUCAUGAUGUUGUUGAUGAAGAAGGAAACUGGAAAAAGAAACUCAGGAGCCAAUCACACCAGCUAUUUGAGUUUCUUCCACAAGCAAUUCAAGAGCAACUUUUACUUGAAAGAGAUCCUCAUGGAAAUGUGCAGGUUGCCAAAAUUGAAACUGAAAAGAUGCUUAUCCAAAUGGUGGAAGCUGAAUUGGAGAACAGGAGGAGUAAGGGGUUGUACAAUAAAGAGUUCAAGGGGCAGCAUCAUUUUUUUGGUUAUGAGGGAAGAUGUGGUUUACCUUCAAACUUUGACACAAAUUACUGCUAUGCAUUGGGUUACGCUGCCGGAGUGCUUCUUCAUUCUGGAAAAACUGGCUUGAUUUCCUCAGUGGGCAACUUAGGGGCUCCAGUUGAAAAAUGGACUGUUGGUGGAACAGCACUAACUUCUCUUAUGGAUGUGGAAAGGAGACAUGGGAAGUUCAAACCUGUCAUUAAGAAGGCGAUGGUGGAACUUCAAGGUGCUCCAUUCAAGAAGUUUGAAUCCUUGCGAGAUGAUUGGGCCCUGAAGAAUCGAUACUUCAGUCCAGGUCCACUUCAGUUUACAGGAAAGACAGCAAACGAAAUCAAUUACACGCUUAUGUUGGAGCUUGAGGCGCAGGCUUAG